CGCCGAGAUAGUUUGCUAUUUACCAUUCAUUUAUUCUGCUUCGGUCUCGCCUUCUCCUCUCACCAUCCGAGAAGAAGGGAGGGAGUGUUAGGGCUUCGCCGGGAAUCUGCGUCCCGGCCCGGCCUCAAGGGACGCCUGCGGCCGCGGUGUGCUAUCUGGCAGGUGAUCGCAAUGGAACCCGUCUUCUCCUUCUCCGGGAGCGCCGACCAGAACUUUGAGUUUGCCUUCAAUUCCAGCAAUUUCUCCGACCGGGUGCUCCGGAUCGAGAUCGUCCCCGACUCGCCGGAGGACACGACGGGUGGCGUUGGCACCUCCGGGUUGGCCAGGCACCGGAAGCGCCGGAGGGGCGAUGUCAAGAAGGAGAGAGCUGUGGAGUUCAAUUUGGUGAGUUUUCCCCACAGCAACCAGAUUGAUGAUGACGAUGGUUUGACAGGUGCAAACAACGAGGGUGAAGCUGUAGCAAUGAUCGAAGAGUUUUCAUCAGGUGAUGAGCUUUCACAAUGCAGUGAUGCUUCUUGGAGUAUGGAGUGUUCUCCAUCCAUUAGAAUAAAAUCUUUAUUCAUUAGUUCUGCGAUACUGGCUGCAAAAAGCCGUUUUUUCUACAAGCUUUUCUCAAAUGGAAUGCGUGAAUCUGACCAGGGGCAUGCUACGCUGCGAAUAAGUGCCUCAGAAGAAGCUGCCCUAAUGGAACUCCUCAGCUUUAUGUACAGUGGGAAGUUGUCAACCAAUUCACCAAUGCUCCUGCUGGAUAUUCUUAUGGCUGCUGACAAGUUUGAGGUGGCUUCUUGCGUGAAGCAUUGUAGUCAGUUGCUAAGGAGCUUGCCCAUGUCUACUGACACUGCCCUACUCUACUUGGAGCUCACUUCCAGCAUUGCAAUGAGUUCAGCAAUCCAGCCGCUAACUAAUGCAGCUAAGGAGUUCCUUGCUAAGAGUUUCAAGGACUUAACCAAGCACCAAGAUGGCCUAAUCGAGCUGCCUCUUGUUGGCGUCGAGGCAGUCCUCUCCAGUGAUGAACUUCAAGUUGCAUCAGAGGAUGCGGUUUAUGACUUUGUGCUCAAGUGGGCGCGUCAUCAUUACCCGGACUUAGAAGAACGGCGGGAGAUACUAAGCUCCCACUUGAGCCAUCUCAUAAGGUUCCCCUACAUGUCCUGCAGGAAGCUUAGAAAGGUCGUCACACAGAAUGAUCUGGACCAGGAAAUCUUCUCGAAAGUAGUCCUCGAGGCACUCUUCUUCAAGGCUGAGACGCCACAUCGACAGCGUGCCCUCGCAUCAGAACAGUCAUCAAACCGGCGCUAUGCAGAGCGAGCUUACAAGUACCGGCCAGUGAAGGCGAUCGAGUUUGAACUGCCACACCCACAGUGCAUCGUGUAUUUGGACCUAAAGCAGGAGGAGUGUGCACAUCUGUUCCCAUCUGGCCGAGUCUACUCCCAAGCAUUCCACCUUGGUGGGCAGGGUUUCUUCCUCUCAGCUCACUGCAACAUGGACCAGCAGAGCUCCUUCCACUGCUUCGGCCUCUUCUUGGGAAUGCAAGAAAAGGGUUCGGUAAGUUUCACGGUGGACUACGAAUUCGCUGCGAGGGCAAAGCCAUCAGGGGAGUUCAUCAGCAAAUACAAGGGAUACUACACCUUUACCGGUGGCAAGGCAGUUGGAUACAGGAACCUAUUUGCCAUCCCAUGGACUUCAUUCAUGGCUGAUGACAGUCUCUACUUCAUAAAUGGUGUUCUUCAUUUGAGAGCCGAAUUGACCAUCAAACAACCGCAGCAGCAGCAGCAGCUGCCGUAAUUUUUUUUUUUUUUUCUCGGAUGUAACCAAGUUCUAUUUUCACGUAGCUCGAAUAAAACUUGCCUCGCUCUUUCUAUGGAUUCUCUGUAUUUACAUAUUACUAGUUUGAGCAUGAGGAACUUAUUUCGAGUGAAAUGAUAAAUUGCUUACAACAUGGAAAUCAGCAUAGUUCUUUUUGUGUGUU